AGUUUGCCUUUGGCCAACGGCAGCGAAAGAACCUACGGAGCGUCUUGGAGCGGAAAAUUCGAGAAAAUCGGGAAAAUCGCAGCGCGCGAGUGGCAGAAAAUAUUUGAAAAAUCUGCAACCGAAGGGGAAAUAAAUCAAAGCGAGGAAUUUAUAGUGCGAAACAUGUCGGGAAUCCUAUUGCCACUGGCCCUGUUGGCCCUCGUUUCAAAUGGCGCAGCCAUCAGGUGCUAUGUCUGCGAUUCGAGUGAUAAUCCCAGCUGCGCCGAUCUGGCCACAAAUUCCAGCAUAGAGGCGGAGGAGUGCACUUUGGACAAAAUGAAAUCCCUGGACACCUGGCUAUUCGACUUGAAUAAAUUCUCAUAUUUCGAUAAUGGCGCCAAAAAAAAUCCGCUGAUGAAUUGCCAAAAAGUGGUGGCCAAGGACCCUGAUACAAAGAAAGUGGUGACUGCGCGCUUCUGCCAACUGGACACCGGCGACUCGGAUGCCUGUGACAUCCUGAGGACCAAGCUGCGCAUCUCGAGCGCCGAGGAGCGGGAGCAGCGGAAUCGCAACCAGAACAAGCGGAGGAAGGGGAACGGCCAGGAUGCGGAUGAGGACGACGAAAUCUCCGCGGAGGAUGCCUUCUACUGCGGCAUCUGCAAAUCGCACCGCUGCAAUGGAGCGGCGGCCGUAACGCUUUCCGUGGCUUCGGUUCUGGCCAUGAUUGCGCUCCAACUGGGCUGCUAAGGAAUGGGCGUGUGAUGGAUAUAUGUACACAGAUAACCGUGGAACGAGUGGUGGCAUGAUGGUUGCAUUUAGGUUGAGUUACCCUUAGCGUUACCCUCACCGAUUACUUUGUAAAUAUUUGAGUGCAAUGUCGCUGAUUCGUACAGGUGCUCCAAAGACACUCACCUAACCCCAUUAACCCCUUCUGCCCUCCACCCUAGAAAUGUAAGCACAGCACACACGAUACACCGAUACAUUGCGUACAUGGAGGGAAAACUCACACAGAAACUCGCUUUGAUUCAGAACAAAUUGAAACCUUCGAUUUCCAAAGUAAAUACCGGAAAAUAAAGAGUAGGGGUAGGGAUAUGUGUGUACCCUGCUUGCAGGGUACUACAUCCUAUAUAUCAAUGUUUGGCAUUCUAUGUCAUUAGCUCUUCUUGUUCAGCUUUAUUAUGUUACUAUUCGGAUGGUUAGUUUUAAUGGCUUGGAGCGAUGAGAACAGGAAUUCACCAAUUGCCUUUAAUUCCGAUAUGAUUUCUUAGGUAAAUUCCAAAGUGCUUAAAUGUCUAGUCAUGAAUUCGUGUUAGAAUAUUGGAAAUUUGAUAGUCGUAAAUUUACUGUGCAAGCCGCAAGCAAAAACAAUCAACUUAAUGCAAAACGCGAAUUUAAAAUUAAAGUGAAACAAAUGCAAUAAAGGUUAAUAAAUGUGCAAUUAGAGGAAAUGUCAACGAAAAGCAAUGCAGCAAUUAUUCCGUGAGCUUCAAAUUGCCUAAAAGCCACACACUAUAUAGUACCAUAUGUUUUUGCGACGCGUCGGGCUCUCAGUUCUGCUUAGUUUAUAAGCGGUUUUUGGAAUGGAAACUAAAUUGAACAUUAAGAGCACACAAUAAAUGCUGUAUGACAGUAUGAAA